AUGACUUUGCUCGGUCCCAUGGAUGAGUACUAUCCUGAUAUGGAUGUAGCUGAUAAGUUCACCAUGUCACACAUACAAAAGGGGUUUAAAAUAAGUGCUCGGAAACUACCCAUUUCCAAAUCAAAUUCGAUAGAUAAGAUGUCUGAAAAACUUCAUAUUCCUGUCCCAGAAAUGAUAUUUGGCGACAAUUACGUCUCGAUUGAACACAUCAACAGCGGUUGGAGGAUUGAUUUUAACGCUUUUGAUGCAUUAGACCAGGUUGAAAAGACGGAUAAAAAUAUGCUUAAGGUUGCCUAUUCGCAAGAAUGGUCUAAAAGCAGACAGAAAGCACAUCACGGAAUCCAGGAAGUCGUAAAGCCAUUUGAUUGGUCUUACACGACUAGCUACAAAGGAACUAUCACCAACGGAAAGCAGUUUACUCAGAGUGAUCGUGCUAACGUAACAAUUCCUAUUGAACUUUUAAAGCGACCAGAUCCUAUUCUUUUCUUCGGGGAUAUUGUACUUUACGAGAGCGAACUUGAUGAUAAUGGAAUAUCUGUCUUGACUUGUAAAUUCAGGGUAAUGCCUGAUCGAAUGCUCUUACUCUGUCGUUUUUUCUUGAGGCUGGAUAAUGUAAUCAUUCGCAUCAGAGAAACCAGAAUCUACGUUGAGUUCGAAACUGGUGUGAUAAUUAGAGAUUAUUCUGAAAAAGAAGAUAGCUUUGAAAGUACAAGAAAGCGUCUCAUUCAAUCUGGUACACCUCAUUCAGAUGUUAUGUUUACCAUGUGUGAUGCUAAUAUUCUCUCAAACUUGCUACCGGAGGUUCAACAUACUGUGGAAAAUCUCACACUCCCCUAA